UAUUGCAAAACACUGUUUAUAACGUUUGAUUCUCGGGAAUCUGUUAUCUCAUCCUCUCCCAACUACGCCUUGGUAUGACGUGCAUACGUAUGGGUAUGCUUUAAACAAAGUUAUGAAACGUUAUUAAGCGACGCAUAACCAUCAGCUGAUGUCCAGUUCCAAAACUGUCUCCAUGAAUCCGACCAAAUGUUUCGUGACACUGUUUAGUCUUAGUUUAGUGGUUGCUGCACCUCAAGGUAUCCUUGAAGACGACGAUGAAUUAGUGGACUAUGAAGACUAUCAACAAGACCAAAGUGCCGUAAAAGGGGACAACUAUGUGUUGCAAUACGUAGGGCCACGUCAAAGUCCGGAACGUCUCUUCAAGGUGAUGUCUUUGAACAAAGGUGCGAGUCGAGGUCUUAGCAGCCAGGGUGACGGGCAGCAUUUAACCCAGGGAUCACCCAAGGAUACACACAGCACAUUUGGAAGCUUGUCUGAUGACCAACCAUCCGUUUCCAGUGGAGUUAAAACUCCAAAAAUGUCACGUAACAAAACAGGACCUGUCAGCUUCAAAGGAGGAUGCAUGGAAAAGCCUCCAAGGCCAGCUAAUGCUGCGAAUUUAAGAUGCUCCCCAAACAGUGGCACCUGUGACGUCAAAUGCUUAAAGAAUUAUACUUUCCCGGAUAAAACGAAGCAAAUACAAAUCCGCUGCGAAGAACCUGGUGUUUGGAAAGUUACCAACUCAGAAAAAAUUCCAUACUGUGAACCUAUUUGUAUGCCUCCAUGCCAAAAUUUGGGCUUCUGUACAGCUCCGGAUGAGUGCAGCUGUCCUGACAAUUACGAAGGCCCGCAGUGUCAGUUUUCCAAGACUAAGCCUUGCAUCGAUAAGCCACCCACCCCGAUGAAUUCACAGAUUGUUUGCAACGGGACUGAUUGCCUAUUGAUCUGCAACAAUGGGUUUGAAUUUCCAAACGGUAUUAAAGAAAUCAAAAUGGCCUGCGUCUCUGGAUACUGGACCCUUUGUCAACAACCGCCGGGAAAAUUUCAGAAAGUCCCCGACUGCCUGCCCGUGUGCGAUCCACCUUGCGAAAACGGUGGUCGGUGUCUUCUCAACAACGUCUGUGAGUGUCCGCAAGGGUUUCGAGGACCGCAAUGCAAUUACCCCAUUGACAACUGCGCCCCUGAGCGAAUGAACUUCAAUGGCUUCUCCAAUUGUUCGUGCGGAAGCUCUUCGUUAAGUUGCUGCGUGUUAUGUUCGCUCAACUGCGGUGCGGAUGGCGUUUUCGAAUACCCACCCGCCUCAGUCUAUUCUUGCGAGUAUGCCGAAGCUAAAUUUGUUCCGGAAAACAUACCUCAAUGUAUCUUUGAUAAUAAGCGGACUCAGUACUUCAAAUCUAAUUCUACCAGUCAUUCGCAACUAGUGAUUAUGCAAACGUCUGAUUUGGAAUGGACUGGUAAAGAGACAUCCAACCAAGAAACAGAUUUUUCACUGGUGUCAAAUGGCUUCCAAGGAUUUCUAGGCUUUUUUCCGAAAAGUCGGGCAUUAAAUAAUGAACAGGACAAUUUCAAAGCCAGUCGUAACUUGAUAGCACGACCAAUGCCAUGUCGUACAGGAGAGGACUCGAAUUGGUUCCAGAAAAAAUACGCGUCCAGCAAAUCUAAUCCGCCAUGUCAGAACUGAGUUUAUGUUUAUUUUCUAUUUUUCUCUUUGAAAAUUUUAUCGUUUCAUUUAAUUUGUAUAGAAUUUCUUUUUUCUUUCAUGUAUGCAUUACAACUGUGAAUUUAUUGUUGCCUAGUGUUAAAAUAAAUGAUG